AUGGGUCUCAUCAAUCUUCGGGGGAGGGCUCUCUACAGGAUCAUGAGCGGCGUUUGUGCUCUGGCUUUCAUGAUGUUUGGCUAUGAUGCUGGUGUUCUGGCUGGGGUACAGGCCACAGAACCAUUCUUGAGUGCUAUCGGGCAUCCAGAAAGAUACUCGACGGUCAUCAUUCCCAUGAUUGCUUCGUCAUACACGCUCGGCGCCUGGGUGAUGUCCAUGGUGAUCAGCUUUAUUGGAUCGCCAAUGGGUCGACGGAACUGUAUAUUGGCUGGGAAUAUCCUCGUCCUCGUUGGAGGAACAUUGCAGGCGUCAACCUUUUCCGUUGCUCAGAUCAUCGUUGGCAGGGUUCUCUGUGGAUUCGGCAUCGGGUUCAUCUCUUCCACGGUCCCGACGUACAUGGCAGAGAUGAGCACGAAGCCGACAGAUCACGGUCCCGAAGUGUGUUUUCAAUCGGUCGUUCUGAUCCUCGGGGUUGCCCUGUCAGGCUGGGUAGACUUCGGCUUUACACGGAUGCAUAAUCAAGUUUCCUGGCGUUUUCCCAUCGCGUUUCAGACCUUUUUCGCCAUCACCUCAGGAAUCGGGAUCCUCUUGCUGCCAGAUACACCCCGCUGGUACUACAUCAAGGGGCGGACCGAAGAGGGCGAUCAGGUGCUAUCCGCCCUUCACGAUCUGCCCAUUGACCACGAGCAUGUUCAGGCUCAGCGGACACAAAUCCUUCGCGCCAUCGAUGUCGAGAACUCACAGGAGGCUUUCAAGCUAUCCACGUUACUGUGGGACAACACCGAGCUCCAGGCUGGACGUCGCCUGAGAACUUCGGCUGUCAUCCUCGGCAUUCAGCAACUGAUGGGCAUCAACCAGCUAGUCUACUACAGCACCAUCAUUUUCAGCCAAGUCGGCCUCACGCCGUUCUAUGCGUCCAUUCUCGCUGCGGUAAUGAAUACGGUGUUCGCAAUGGGGACUUUUUUCACGCCGGCCACAAUUGAGAGAGGUGGCCGUCGGGGGAUCAUGCUUUGGUCCUCGGUACUGCUUACCGUCCUCUUGUUGAUCUUUGUGGUGAUGAUCAAUCUGGGGGACUUGAAGAGCAGCGCUACGCAAUGGACGGCUGUCGCAGCGGUCGUCGGUUAUGUGUUUGUAUUCGGAUACGGCUGGGUUGGUAUCCCGUGGCUAUACGGACCUGAGAUCGCACCACUCCGCUACAGGCACCUAGGCGGUUCUUUCGGCGCUACCGGUGAAUGGUCGAUGACGUUCGUUACCGUGUUUGCGGGCGGUGUGGCUUUGGAAAGGGUGGGACCAAAGAUCUGGGUCUGGUACCUGACUUUUUGCUUUGUCUCAAUCCUGUUUGUAUACUUUUACUGUCCCGAGACAUCUGGUAAGACUUUGGAGGAGAUUGACGCUAUCUUCAUGAGGCAUUCACCGACACUAUCUGACACAAAUCUGGAAGGAGCUUAUGUUGACCAUCUACCAACAAAGAGUUCGAAUAUGGUUGCUGAGAAUGACAAGGUCGAGAAGCACGAGAUCGGAAGCACCCAUAUAGGCUAA